CUUAUAAUUUGGUAAGGAGGAAUUAACUAAUUCAUCAAUUCCAAAGAGUGUUUGCAUUGUACUGACAGUCUGACACACACAUGAUGAUCAAACUUCGAACACACGCUUCCAGUUUUUACAUUUAUAUUCCAUGUUGUAAUCAAUCAUUCGUUCAUUCACUCUCACACAUUGCUAGCACCAUGUCAUUUGAACACUAUGGGCGUGGCAGUGAAGCCAAUGGCAUUCACUUCUACCAGACCAUUCAACUUCGCCAGUUGCAAGAUCAAGAAUUAAUGAUUCCAAGGAAUUUUGUAGAGAGAUAUUGGAAAGAUGUACCAAAUCCAAUAUCCCUUAGACUACCAAAUGAGUCUGUGUGCAAAAUGUUUUGGGUGCAAUGGGGUGAUGAUAUUUAUAUUCAAGAUUGGAAAAGGUUUGCGAGGUCGCUUAGAUGCGGAGAUCUUUUAGUUUUUCAGUAUAAAGGAGGGUCAGAUUUUCAUGUUAUUAUAUUAGAUGAGAGUAAAUUAGAAAUUGACUAUUCAAGUAUGAGGUAUAAUGAUGACCAAGAAGAAGAACAGCGUCAAAAUAUCGAACAACCCGUCAAGAAAAAGAAAAUCAACUCAAAUGAUAGUGUUGCUACACCUCAAGAGACUCACAUUGACAAGAGAAAACUUAAAAUGAAUGCAACCCAGAGAAAAAUUUCAGAAAUAUAUGUUUCAAGUAUGAGAUGCAACAAUGAACAAGAUAAAGAGAGUGAUGUUGAUGACUAUGCCGAGAUUGCGAAUGAGGGUGAAAAUACCAAACAACCCUUCAAGAAAAAGAAAAUCAACCCAAAUGAUAGUGCUGGUACACCUCAAGGGACAGGCAUUGACAAGAGAAAAAUUAAUAUGAAUGCAACCCUGAAGAAAGUCUUAGAGGCUAAUAGAAACAGAGGAGGCAGCAAGGAUAUGAAAGUUAAGAAAUGCACAAAAACUAUAGAUGCGAAUAAGAUAAGCUGCACUGAUUCUCAUCCCGAUGAGAAUCCCAAUUUCACUCUCAAAUUAUCGCGAUCUUAUGUGGAAGGUCAUCAUAUAAGAUUGAGGAUACCUUUAUCAUUUUCGAAAGAAUACAUGAAUGAGUUCUUGCAAGGGAAUGCAACAAUUAGAAGCGUUGGUGACGAAAGGACAUGGAACGUGACAUUAAAAUUGGAUGGAUGCAAUGGAAAUUUUGAAAUGAGAACAGGUUGGAAGUCAUUUUUACAGGAACAUAACUUGCAAGUUGGCGAUGAAUGUAAAUUUGAGAUGACUCAAAGAAAACCACUUUUAUUCACAAUUACUAUUAUCCCAGCUACAAAGGAAUCAUGCCCGGAGCGGUUUCAAGAAAACCAACCAAUCCAAGAAGAUAUGGAUCAUGUGGGAAAUUAUGGAGAAGGAAUUUCAAGGGGCAGCUCGAAAACACACGGUCUUACGAAUUCUCCAAGUCCGAUUUCACAUUAUAAAUUUGAGGUUUCUGUAACAUCAUUGGACAAGGUGGCCAUACCAAGUGAGUUCUUGAAGAGACACAAUAUAUUUAGUGGAAAUUUAGUUGAGUUGAAAGUAGGGGAAGGAACAUGGUUUGUAGAGGUGAAUUAUAAUCAACAUCUUGAUUACGGGUCGUUCACCAAAGGUUGGGAAGAAUUUGUGAGAGAAUCCCAGGUAAAGAUCGGAGACACUUGUUUGUUUGAGAUGAUUGAUGUGCAAAAUCAUGUGUUCAAGGUUUCAAUUAUCCUAGAUGUUUAGAAGAACGUUUGUGUUUCGUCAUUUUGUAAUUAGUGUUGUUUUAGAACUUUCACUAGUGACAUGGGAGAGCUUGUAACACGCACUCUCGAUAUUAAGUUGUGAUUAUGAUGUGAAUAUUAUCUCAGUGAUUUUGUGAAACAAUGCAAAGUGAAGUUUGGGGAUAGUUGUUUGUUUGAGAUGAUUGAUGA